UAACGAGGCUAGGCUUAAGCUUGUGCCAGUUCAGCAGUAAACGGGUCGUCACGUACCGACCAGUGGUUGUUUUUCUCCACCCCUACAGUGGCACGGUACUUCAUAUACAUGUCUUAUAGUUAGGGAGCACAGUGUUCAUCUCAAGCCGUCGGACGGCCUUUUCCCUUGGGACUUCCUUGUAAAAACCUGUUCGGUCUGUUCCUGGUUUCUUAAAGUUGGCGAUUUCUUCAUUUUUCGCGCCUUUUUCUGGAUUUAAAGUUACGAUUGUGCAGACUGGUCAAGACCUGUGCGCGGCGACCAGACCUGGGGAGGUUAAUAGUUGAUACAUCACUGGCAAGGUCGGCCCUUGUACAUGUACGUGUUUGCACAAGACGGUUUUUCAUCAGAACACUGACGUCUAGUGCUACUGGUACGACAACAGUCAUGGAGGCCGAGAGGGUUACCGUACCGGACGUGGAGACCGCGGCGGGGCGCCUCGAGGGGCACGCCCGAGAAACUCCGGUGCUGACCUGCGGCACUCUCGACGACUUGGCGGGGAAGAGACUCUACUUCAAGUGCGAGAAUCUUCAGAAGUCGGGCUCAUUUAAGUUCCGCGGAGCUUACAACGCCAUCUCCCGUCUCGUCAGCUCGACCAAUCAGAACCCGCCUCCCGUGGUGACGCACAGCAGCGGGAACCACGCAUGCGCGCUGGCCCUGGCGGCGCACCAGCUGGACGUUACUGCGCAUGUGGUGAUGCCGCGCACCGCGCCGCAGUGUAAGAAGGAGACAGUAAGGGGGUAUGGCGGGAAAGUUAUCGAAUGUACGCCGACGGAACAGGCUCGAGUAGAGACCAUGGAGCGUAUUUCUGCACAGGAAGGAGCUGUGUACAUCUCCUCCAGCCAACAUCCUGACGUCAUCGCCGGGCAAGGCACCAUGGGAUUGGAGCUCCUCCGACAGGUCCCGGACCUGGAUGCGGUGAUCACGCCUGUAGGAGGAGGGGGGAUGUUGGCGGGCGUGUCUCUGGUUAUGAAGUCUUUAAACCCUCACGUGCGGGUGUAUGGAGCGGAGCCUGAGCUCGCAAACGACGCCGCCACGUCAUUGGCGCAGGGGGAGAGAUGUCCCCUGUCAUAUUACCCAGAAACCAUUGCGGACGGGCUGAGGAUAAACAUGGGGCCGGUGGCGUGGCCGUACAUCCGGGACAAUGUGGACGACAUCAUCUGCGUCACCGAGGAGGAAAUAAAGAACGCCAUGACACUGAUCUGGCAGAGGAUGAAGCUGGUGGUGGAGCCGUCGGGCGUGGUGGGCGUGGCCGCGGCUUUGAGUGACAGCUUCAAAGCACGAGAGGAGGCAGCCAAGAACGUCGCCGUCAUCCUUUCUGGCGGGAAUCUGGACUUACUGAAACUUCCCGAUCUACUGUCCAUGUCAGAACAUGUCUAACUGUUACAGGAUCUGUAACAAGGGGAAGAACGAUGUGCACUAGUCUAGUAAUACUAUUACAUGUAAUAAUCAUCUCU